UACUCUUAUAACUAAACAAGCACCCUAAUUAGUGAUGAAAUUUUCUAAAUAAAUUAUUACCCCUAUCAUUCUUGUAGUUUUUUAACGUUAGGUGUUCAUGAUUCUUUAAGAGAGAAUCGGAAAUGUACAAAAUAUAAUAAUAAAAUAGAAACCAUAGUAGUUAUAUUUACUGUUUACAGAAGUGAAACUAAUGACUAAUAAUUUGUAUUUAUAUAAUUUCAAAGUGAAAAAAUUCAAUUUCUAUACGAAUUAUCCCAAAAAAUGUUUUUUGGAAUUUUUCGUGCAACGAAAAAUUGCGUUACGUUCCAUAGAUUCUUAUUAUUUUAUUUUCGUCCCAUUGUCAGGGACAAAAUUUAUUGGAACCUCUGAUACGUCAAUGAAAGCAAUCGUGUAACGUCAAUAUUUUGCAUUAUUUCAAGAAAUAAGAUUUAUUAGAGUAGGCACUGUGCAAAACAUCUAAGCAUUGGAUUUUUGAUGAUCAAUAGUCCUUACACAAAGAACAAUAAAAAUGGUUGUUGGGGUCUUUCCUGCACUAAAACUAGGAGUACUUCUUUUCAAACAAAUUAGUAAACCACUUGCUCAAGUCAUUGUUAAUAGAGCCAAAAAUCAUCCAGUUUUUAGGACUUAUUUUAUUAUACCACCUGCUCAAUUUUACCAUUGGGCAGAAGUAAAAUGUAAAAUGUACCUUAUGAAUUUGGGCAAACCUACUAAAGUAGCCAAACUCAAUGAACAAAUGGCCAUUGAACUCGGUGCAAGUUUGAUGGGUGAAGUUAUAAUUUUUAGUGUUGCUGGAGGUUGUCUAAUGUUUGAAUAUAACAGACAAGUGGCCAAAGAAGCCAAAAAAGAAGAAUUAAGACAGAUGCAAAUACAAAAAUUUGUUGAUGACAUACAAGCUUUAUAUGAAACAACUGUACAACAAGAUGCUGAACUUAAGUAUCUUCAAAUGUCAUUAGAAGAGCUUGCUAAAAAAUCAAAGUUUAAACUCCCAGAAAAAAACAUUAAAACAGAUAAUGAUAAAAAUAAUAAUAAAAUAUCUAAUAAAAGUACUAUCACUAAUACAAAAGAUCAAGACAAAAACGAAACACAAAGCUAAUUAGUAUAAAUAAUGAAAAAUGAAUUAUUUAAAAAAGAAGUGAAUUAAAGUUUAGAAUUUAUAUAUAAAAGAGCAGUAUAAAAUUGUUACUGCUUCAUAGAUCUUAUAAGUUUUAAUAAUAAUAAUAAUAAUAAUAAUCAAUAUUUACAGUGAUUAAUUCUUAUCAAAUUAUACCUUAGCAAUUCUUUUGUACAUAAAAAUUGAUAUAAUGUAAAAAAUAGAGCAAAAGUGUAUAUA